AAAUAAUAAUGAGUAUAAAUUGUGAUAGGGCUUGGGCUAGCAGAGAAGGUCUUACUGGCCGAGAAGGUGUUGCAAUGCAGUGAAUUUGAGAAAAAUCACAUAUAAAGUACAGUAGAACUGAAAAAUAAUAAGGUGCACAAUUAUACCCCACCCCUUCCACAUGUCAGAGUGGGUUUCCUCUGGGUCCACUGGUUUUCUCCAACUAAUUAAACACAUACCAGUGGGUGAAUGUGAUACUAAAUUGUAGGUGUGUGUGUGUGUGUGGGUGUGUCUUUGGACUUCCACAAUGCUCUUAGGUCGAUACACACUUCCAACGUGAUUGGCGCACACAGGCACGCGCGCCGUUUGUAAAACAAAAUAAGCCCCGCCCCUCAAAGCGGUGUUCCCACUUUGGGAGUCACAGUUAGAUGUUUUUUUUCUCCUGAAGAAGAAGUCAAACAGGGAAGGAAGGAGAAGAGGAUCUGGCAACCUCGCGCACUGGCCGGAGUUACUGAAAGUUUUUUGCGCGGGCACGGUGGAGUACAUAAUAUUCACACACUCACACACACACACACGCGCGCGCGCGCGAUGGAGAGACGCGCACCGGAGGACACUCACUCCUCACCCCGCGGCUGAGAGCAGGCAGUGAGAGGGGAUGGACGCACAGCGGAUCCAGAUGUUGGAGUGAGGGAUUGCAGCUUUCCAGCGGCUCGCGAUGCUUCUAAACGCCAGCCGGGUGAACAUCUCCACCGCUGGAGAGAGCGCGCUCCAACGCGCGCCCUGGGUCGCCACAACCCUCGGCUGCUUCCUCAUCUUCACCGUGGUGGUGGAUGUCCUGGGCAACCUGUUGGUGAUCUUCUCCGUCUACCGGAACAAAAAACUUCGGAACGCCGGUAACAUCUUUGUGGUGAGUCUGGCUGUUGCCGACCUGGUGGUAGCUCUGUACCCGUACCCCUUGGUGCUGGUGGCCAUCUUUGGCCAGGGUUGGCGUGUGGGCGAUGCGCAGUGCCAGAUCAGCGGUUUCCUGAUGGGUGUGAGCGUAGUGGGCUCCAUCUUCAACAUCGCCGGCAUCGCCGUAAACCGGUACUGCUACAUCUGCCACAGCCUGCGCUACGAGCGUCUGUUCAGCGAGCGCAACUCAGCGUGCUACGUGGGUCUCAUCUGGGCGCUGAGCGUUCUGGCCGUGGUGCCCAACGUGUUUGUGGGAUCUCUUCGCUACGACGAGCGAGUCUACUCAUGCACCUUCGCGCAGUCGGCCAGUGCCGCGUACACGCUCGCCGUCGUCUCCUUUCACUUCCUGCUGCCCAUCCUGGUGGUGGCGUACUGCUACCUUCGCAUAUGGGUGCUGGUGAUCCGGGCACGGAGACGUGCAAGGCCCGAGACCCGGCCGGCCGGUGUGACGCCGCAGGACGUGCACAAUUUCGUGACUAUGUUCGCCGUCUUCGUGCUUUUCGCGGUGUGCUGGGCGCCACUCAACGCCAUUGGCCUGGCUGUAGCCAUAGCGCCCGAGCGCGCCGUUCCCGAGUGGCUCUUCGUAGCCAGCUACUUCCUGGCAUACUUCAACAGCUGCCUCAACGCCAUCGUCUAUGGCGCGCUCAACCAGAACUUCCGGCGAGAAUACAAGCGCAUCGUCUGGUCGCUCUGCACGCCCACUGCACUCUUCCCAGAAAACUCGAACGAUGCUCAGGAGAGACUGCGGAGCAAACCGUCGCCGCCCAUCACCAACAACAACCAGGUCAAAGUGGACUCUGUCUGACCACUGAACCCGUGUAUGUGUGUGUGUGUGUUUGUGUGUGUGAGAAAACUUACUAUGUGUUCUUACUAUAAACCAAGGACAAAAAUCAAAACCAUUCAGGGGAAAACGUGACGUGUUUUUCUCAACACGUGUUUUUUCUCGUUUUUUGUGAAAAGAGUACAUUUUUAAUGUAAAUCAUUUGUUGGGUCUGUUUUCUAUAGAACAAAAGGAAAUUUGUUAAAAAAGAAUAGAAUAGUCUCUUAGCACCUCCCUAUCCUUUUCAUUUUCUUCACGUGAAGAAUUUUCUGUCUGUCUCUCUCUCAGCAUCUUUCUUUCUUUAUUUGUCUCUCUGAAUAUCUUACUAUGUCUCAGUCUUUCUGUGUAUC